AUGAAAAAGUACUUUCUCAACAAAAUGUCCACCGGCAAGCGUCUGGCGAAGCGCUCGAUCGUGGGUACGCGCGUCUGUGCGCCCGGGACCGACGGUAUCUGGUACUCGGGCAAGAUCGAGUUCGUCAAAACGGCGACGGACCAGCAGAAGGAGCAACCGGGCCGUACCGGGACGGGCGGCGGCAGCGGGGGCAGCAACUUCCUGCCCGGGUUGACAACGCCCGCCCGCUACACCGUGCUGUUCGACAACAUGAAGGACGGUGCCCGGCUCGGGCUGGCCCGAGAGUUCCGCGAGACCGAGCUGAUCGGGCGCGGCUUUCGCACGAUCGCGGACGUGAAGCUGAAACCGGGCCAGAAGGUGUUCCUCACGUACAACGGGCGGGAGAAUACUGGCGAGGUGAUCGCACACGACGAUCUGAAGGAUGAGGUGAAGGUGCGCAUUGCCGGUGCGGCGAACGGUGCUGCUCAGGAGGCUCCGAUCGAGCUGACCAAGCGCUUGGAAGAGAUACGACUGCUGGAGUCGCGCCGCUCCCAGCGACUGGCCGUCCAGGAGAAAGAUACGGACUUUGCCCGGCUGGCGGAUAUGGCCGGCGAUCGUCGACGACAAUCAAACAGCAUCGAUGUGCCAUUCUCACUGACGCAACAGAACGGAUCUCGCAAACGACGGCCCUCGUACUCGCAGGACGAUCGAGAGUACUACAGUAUUAACGACGACGAUCCGAUGGACGAAUGUAACGCCGCACUGGUACUUAUGAGCCUGUCCUGCUCGCCGAACUCAUCCGUGCACGGUUACGAAACAAUUCUUGGCACCAGUUCGGGCAGCAGCACCACCAGCUGGAGUACCGGAUCGACUUCGCCGCCGCUGAGCGAGGAUGGACAUUCCACACCACCGACGCACCACUACCAGCACGAGCUGAACCAUCACCAUCAUCAUCACAAUGGCCGUCACCAGGCGGCGGGCGGUCCGGGCCGGGGGGCGCGCACCACCUCCCUGUCCACGUCGGAUGAGGGCAUCGGCAUGGAGGACAUGCCGAGGAAGCGUCGGGUCAGUCAGCGAAUUUUCAAAUGCACCUGGAAAGGUUGUGGCGUCAUCUAUACUACAUGUCCCGAAAUCACACAACACAUUAGGAACGCACAUCUUGGCCCUCGUAAGCCGAACGAGUACAGCGACGAGGAGGAUUUCUUCUUCACCGAAACCGAGGAUGAGAGCGACGAGAGCGCGCCGAAUCCACCCUCGCCACCGACGCUGAGCCAUCGCGACAUGGCACGUCCCCCGCACGAGGAUCCCGAAUAUCAGCGCCAGAUCGUUGGCACCUACCGGCAGGGGUUGCUCUCGCAAUCGCAGGCCCUCCAGCAGCAGGCGGCCGCCCAACAGCAGCAGCAGCAACAGCAUCAAGCGCAACAGCAGAUCGCCUCGAUCAAGCCACCGCUACCGGCCGGCUUAACGGUGGCGGCACUGAGCGGCACCAACGGCACCGCGUCCAGCAACGGUGCCGGCACGAACGGUAACAGCAGCAACAGCAAUGGUAGCAGCAGUAGCAAUGGUGCGGUCAAUCCACACAGCAGCGUAUCACCGCUGAUCCAUCACAAUUACACCUGGUCCCAGGUGAGCCCGACGUCACCACAGAAGCACGUACGACUAUCGCCCCGUCCGUCGGCCUCGUAUCCGUACCCGUCGCCGAACUACCAGCAUCACUACCAGGCGCAGGCCGCCCAACAGCAGCAGCAGCACCAUCAGCAGCAGCUCGGCCACAUCCAGCUGUCGCCGGGCGGUGCGAGCAGUGGUGCCAACAACGGUACGGCCGCCUACCACCAACUGCUGGCCGGUGCGGCCGGUGCGUCCGGUGCGAUCGCGCUCGGCUCGUACAGCACCAGCCCGAGCUCGAGCGGUGGCGGCAGCAGCGUGGGCAGUGCGGGCAGCGGCCAGCACCGGUCGCCGGUGUCACCGAACCGGAGGACGCGCGGCGAGAACAAGAAAUGCCGCAAGGUGUACGGCAUGGACCACAAGGACCAGUGGUGCACCCAGUGCAAGUGGAAGAAGGCUUGCAGCCGGUUCGGCGACUGAUCCAAGCCGUCCGCCGGCAACCGCAAAGCAGCAGCAGCAGCAACACCACCGAACAGUAGCAGCAGCGCCAAGUUGCCACCGCCGGCCGUUG